AUGAUCGCCACUGGAGGCCUCCUGAGGAUCUCGGCUAGGAAACAGGACCCCUUGCGACCCCAAAGCCAAGUCCCCAAACGCAAACGCAAGGCCAAAAAGAAGCGCAAGAACGACGUGGUGGUGGUGAAAGGCAAGCUCAAGCUGUUCUCCCUCUCGGGGCUCAUCGCCCUCUGUGGCAUUCUGGUACUGCUGGUGGGCAUCGCCUUGGCCGUGGUGGGCUACUGGCCGAAGCCCAGCCAGGUGUACAGAGAAGGCAGCUUCAGCGGGGGCCGGCACCUGGCACCGCAGGGUGGCACCCCCAAGAACCGCUCCUGGAGCCAGGAAGGGGCACAAGCAGGGAUCCAUCCAGAGUCACCCCCCAGAGCCAACACCUCCACCACUGCUACCACCUGGGGGUCCCCGCAGUUCCCCCCCACUUCCUCGUCUCCCCAGGCCUCAGUGGGUUUCCUUUUCCGUCUUUUCUCGAGCUACUUGCAUUCAGACAAGCUGAAGGUGCUGGGCCCCCUCAUCAUGGGUAUCGGCAUCUUCCUCUUCAUCUGCGCCAAUGCAGUAUUGCACGAGAACCGCGACAAGAAGACCAAGAUCAUCAACCUGCGUGACCUCUACUCCACUGUCAUCGAUGCCCACAGCCUGCGGGCCAAGGACAGAGGCACCCCGGCCUCAGCCCCUCUCAAUGGCUUUGUCAACUAUGUGCAGUCCCGGGGCCUAGAGCUAAAGCCUGGUGGUGAAGGCCUGGGUGCUGCGGCCAUGCUGGCCAAGAGCUCCUGGCCACCAGGACUGGGUGUCUCCCUUUCCCCGCCGGACCUGGUGUCCUCGCCACGGCGUUCCUCCUUCUGCACCCCACCGCAGCCACCCAGCCUGGCCGAGGCUGUGUACAGCAUCUACCGGGAGCGUGCUGCCCUUGCUGGCCGCACCGUCACCAGCCCACCCUGCAGCCCGCCGGAGAGCUGGGGCCGGCACAGCACAGCCAGCUCCAUCGUUGGCUCUUCGCUGAGCGCUUUCACCCUCCUGCCCUUGGAGCCGAGCAGUGGAGGGGGAGGCUGGCGGAGGCCCCCUGGUGAGCGGGGAGUCCGGGAGAUCCCACGAGGGGAGUUUGAACUGAGCCUGACCGACCUCAGCAGCAGCGACAUCGAGGGAAGCUGUGGGACGAGGAGGCACAAGCUGGUUCUCAGGCGGCAGAGCACCAGCUGCUUGCCCGAUGCCAGGUGUCCUCUUUUCCCUGAGCCACCUCGGUCCCCAGCUGUCAGCAGGGGCCCGGACUCCAGCCUCUUGGUAAAGGCAUCUUCUAGCUACUCCAAAUCUCUGGAUCUGGGGGGGUCGCCCCCCUCAACCCCUCCUGUCAUCACCAGAACGGACACCCAGAGCUCCCAGUCCGAGCCUUCCAGCAGCAAUAAGGGCUACAGCCACCUGGAGGAGGCAGGCACCUCCUUGGAGUCAGUUGCCAACGCCCCAGCCAGUAAAAUCCAGGACUGUGAGGAGGAACCAGUUGAGAAGACGGACCCCCUCAAGGCUACCAGCAGAGAACAAACAGGGGAGCAAUCCCAGCAAACUCAAAGACAGUACACAAAUAAAGAGAAACUCUUUAUGAUUUCUAGGUCGCACGCUGCAUUAGGGCUGGAGGACGGGGAACUGGAGAGUACUGGCAUCUAAACAAAACAGAGAAGGCACAAAGGACACCUUGCAAACCUCCACACCUUCCCCCUUCUCCAUCUCCUUGUGGACUUGGGAGACCGACCAAUAUCCAAAGAGCUGCAGUAUGUUACCCUUGAAAAUUGAAUUCUAUAAAUCCUGUAGAUGACUUCAGGAAGAAAAAGAAAAUCCUCUCUGUCCGAUCGUGAUUGUAUUUCCAUGCAAGCCAAAUUGUAUUAAAUAUCCACAGUCCAGCAAGUUCUUUGGAUCAGAUUAAUACAAUUUCGGACAGUAUAACUGUGCACUUUACUCUUUUGAUUUCCAAGUGCCCCUUCUUCUCCGCUGAUUUCUUUCUUGCUGAUUUGCCACUAACUGCUUGAAAACCGCAGGCACCUUUUUAAGCUCAAGAGCAACGUGGUCUUCAGAUCAAGAAAGCUGAGCUCUCUCUUUGUUUUGGUUCAAUCACUAAAAAGUUUGCAAGGCCUUAAGGAUGAUGUACCUUGACAAAGAAUGAGUUUGUUUAAAUUCUGGAAAAAAAUGACAAUUUAGAAGAGACUGGAGCGGAAUAGAGCUCUGAUGAUUUAGUUAAAACCAUUACAUUCCUGAAUCCAAAAUACCUACUAUUACGUGAUACUUAAUAAGUAUUAUUACACAUGUAUUGAUUAAUAGCAUUAAAAGAUUUUUUUUUUUUAAAUAAAACAUUUACAAACAAAA